AUGAUCGCGACGAUGAAUGUGUAACCAAAAGCGCUUCGCUAAUUAAUUCUUAUUAAAUUAGUACUGAACGCACUGGAACCUCGACACAGUACGUCGAAUUACUCUGUUACUGAAGUAAAACAACAUUCGAUAAAUCUUAAAACUAAGAUCGUCUCGGUGCCCGUUGAUGUUUUUCAACCUUGCUUGGCAUAGCUUGCUAGCCGCUAACAAAGAGACGCGUUUGUUCGCAACACAUCGCUAAAACGAGUGAGUGUAAUUUGAGAUUAUCUUGUGGAAAUGUGUGCAAAAAGUGCGAAAGAAGAGUACGAGGACGAACUUUCUGGAACAAAAGAGGAAAACGAGAGACAACAACUACUGGACGCUGUUUUCAAGAAACGUCAAGAUGAACGACACAGAGCAGAUGUCAGUGAAAAGCAUGUUCGUCCUGAGCAUCACGAGCCAGAGUCCUCUUACAUUAAAGAGGAACAGGAGGAGUCAGAGCACCCCCAGAUUAAAGAGGAAGAGCAAGAGGCUGAUAUCACCCAGUUGCCUUUGGUCUUUGUCCCUUUGAAGAGUGAAGAUGAUGAAGACAAAGGUCAAAGGGAGGAUAUCAGAGGGGCACAACCUCAGAACAGCACCUCAAGUCAGAACAUGACAAAAGAAGAUGAUGGAGGCCACUGUGGAGAAUCGCAAGCAGACUGCCUUUUAGCUCCACUAUCAGAUUGUGAUGACAUAACAUCACACUCUUCUGAUGAUGAUGAUGACGACGACGACAAACACACUAAGGGUGAUAAGAAACGCUGGAAAUGUUCUCAGUGUGACAGAACCUUUGUUUACAAGUCUGUUUUGAAAAUUCACAUGAUGAUCCACAGUGGAGAGAAACCUUUUCCCUGUUCAGAUUGUGGUAAAAGAUUCUCUCGUAAAGAAAAUAUGACAACACACUCAAGAAUACAUACUGGAGAGAAACCUUUUGCCUGUUCAGUUUGUGGCAAAAGAUUCUCUCGCAGACAAACGAUGACAACACACACAAGAACACACACUGGAGAGAAACCUUUUGCCUGCUUAGUUUGUGGUAAAGGAUUCACCGAAAAGAGACAUUUGAAAACACACAAGAGAACACACACUGGAGAGAAACCUUUCAAAUGUUCAGUUUGUGGAAAAAGCUUCUUUGUGAAGAAAAGUCUAAUAAGUCACACAAUAACACACACUGGAGAGAAACCUUUUGAAUGUCAAAUAUGCUGUAAAAGAUUCACUCAGAAGUGCUAUUUAAAGCUACACAUAAGAACACACACUGGAGAAAAACCUUUUUCCUGCUCAGUUUGUGGUAAAAGAUUCUCUCUCAGGGGAGAUUUAAGAAAACACACAAGAACCCACACUGGAUACAAACCUUUUGACUGCUCAUUUUGUGGAAAACGAUUCACUGAAAAGGGAAAUUUAAUGUUACACACAAGAACCCAUACUGGAGAAAAACCUUUUGAUUGCUCAGCUUGUGGUAAAAGAUUCUCUGAAAAGGGAAAUUUAAGAUUACACAUAACAACCCACACUGGAGAGAAACCUAUUGCCUGCUUAGUUUGCGGUAAAAGAUUUUCUCACAGGGGACAUUUGAAAAGACACACAAGAACCCACACUGGAGAGAAACCUUUUGUCUGCUCAAUUUGUAGUAAGAGUUUUUCUGAUAAGGGGAAUUUAAAAAGACACACAAGAACCCACACUGGAGAGAAACAUUUAGCUUGAUCAGUUUAUGGUAAAAGAUUCACUGACAAGGGAAUUCUCUUUUCAUUCUCAUCUGGUUGGAAAAGAUUCUCUCAUAGACACUGACAAAACACACUGGAGAGAACAGAAAAGUAAGUGCGAUGCCCGACAAGGGUAAACACAUCAGCGUAUGUUUUGACAUAUUUUGUCCAAGUUUCAAAGGUAUUGGUGAUUUAUUAUCCCUUUUAAACCACUUGUUUCUUAUAUACUCGUUUGAUUAAACGAACAAUCUUUAUUUUGGUCAAUAGGUGACAAUAGAAGACCGCGCUUCAGGCUGGGGCCGCUGUCGUGUGGAGCGCAUGCGCGCGGCCAUUUCCGCAUUGUCGAGGCGCGUAUUACAAAAACAGCGGCCCUCUUCUGAAAGACCAAGAUCCUCACCUUUAUGUUUGCCUUUUUUUCCCGAGUGAUUGUAUGUAUGUCACUCCCGACUGUGUAUGUUCGAUAUUUUCUGAAUAAAUUUUAACUGAAAAGAAAUAUCUGGUCUGCCGUGAAGCAU